AUGCCGUUUGGGAUUCUCGAAGACACAAAUCUGGAGCACAUCCCAGGAACAGCUCCACUACACGGCCACUCAGACACAGACAAUUAUUCCGGCAUAGAUCCCGGUCUACUCAAAUACGAUCGCACAGACAAGAUCGUCCUCGUGCCACAGCCAUCUGACUCUCCUAACGAUCCAUACAACUGGUCUCGAACAAAGAAAGAGCUUUUCACAAUUGCCUAUGGAUGGGGUUGUGGCUGUGUCGGAGCGGUCGGCCCUCUUCUUGGAGGCGCAUUCGUUCCUUUAGCAGCUCAAUUCGACGUCUCAUUGACAACUUUCGUUUCAGCUGUGCAGGGCGGUGCCAUUGCUGCGAUCGCAGUGGGGAGUUUGUUGUUCAAUUCCUUGGCUGUGAAAUAUGGGAAACGUCCGGUCUAUUUGGGUACUACGCUUGGUUUGAUGGUGUCAUGUUUCUGGGCAGCUGAAGCGAAAAGCUUUGAGUCUUUCGUUGCUUCGAGGGUUUUCUGUGGAUUGUGUAUGGCACCCUUGGAGGCUCUUGUUCCGGCUUCCAUCUCGGAUAUUUGGUUUGUGCAUGAGAGAGGAUUUCGAACAGCGAUAUUCAAUCUUGGUGUUUUGGGUGGUAUCAACCUUGCCGUUCCGAUCGCGGCCGUCAUUAUCCAGUACGCUUCGUAUCACGAGGCACUAUAUGGUAUGGGUGGAGCUUUCGCCCUAGCCUUCCUUUUGAUCUUUUUCUGCAUGCCCGAGUCAGCUUUCAAGCGGGAGGCUGUAAAUAUUGACACUGGAGAAUCAAAGAUGGUUUUGGAAGGGAAAGCGAGUCUUGAACAGCUCGAGCAUACCCCAAGCACAACCCCUACCUCUGAAGCCCGCGCCUCAUGGCUCGAGGACUUGUUGCCUUAUAGUGGUUAUGUCAAUCACGUCCCUUUCUGGAAUACCCUGAUCCGGCCGUUCUAUCUCCUAGCAUCACCGCCUGUUCUAUGGGCUGUGCUACUAUUCACUACGUGCAUCUCAUGGCUUGUCGGUAUCUCUCUUACUUUAUCACAAAUUUUCUCGGCGCCCCCGUAUAACUUCUCAGUCAUCGGUGUGGGAGCAACCAAUCUCUCUUCGUUUGUGGCAUCAGUGCUGGGUACGAUCGUCGCAGGGCCUCUUAUCGACGGUCUUGUUACUAGGAUGUCUAUGAGAAAUGGUGGUAUAUUUGAACCUGAAUUCCGUCUACCAAUUAUGGUUACAUACCUGCUCUUCACCUCCACAGGCUUCUUUGCCUGGGGUCAAUCCUCAGCUGCACAGGAUCCUUGGCCCGUUCCCGUGGUUGUUUGCUUGGGGUUGAUCAACUUUGGAGUUCAGCUUGGAACUACUGGAGUGGUAACGUAUGUGGUAGACUGUCAUCGUGAGAAGGCCGGAGAGGCCUUUGCGGCGAUGAACUUUGUCAAAAAUAUGUUUGCAUUUGGUCUGUCCUUCUAUAUCAAUGAUUGGAUUUCUAACCAAGGUGUUCGUAAUUGCUUCUUCGCUAUUGGCGGGAUCACUAUGGGUGUCACCCUAUUCACAAUUCCGAUGUACAUCUUUGGAAAGCGAGCUCGAGGCUGGGUUCAUCGUCGUGGCUUUGCCGAUCGACUAUAA